CUGUGACUUUUCCACUUGUCUCUCCUCUUGUGUGCUCGGGUGCUGAAAGUUCCAUCGAAAUUUUGCCCAAAAGGGGCACAGAUUGCGGAGAUUUUCCACCAUGGAGGCUCUGACGCGACGCUAAGUGCUGCAUUUAAUCAAUUAGUUGGCGUUUUGAUGCGCCCCCAGUGAGGCAUUGGCGAAGGGAGAGCUUUUUCCUCUGCAAUUUUCCACACCACCCCAACACAUACACACCCACCCCAGAUUUAUCAUGUCUCUUGUGCCAGAGAGAACAGUGAAAGAAUCCGCUGACUGUCUAUUUGCACACUUGUGAUUUAUCGACACCAGAUCGACGAAGAAGUGGUCCAUCGAAUAUUGUGUGAAAAAUAGUUGUGUCACAUAUAUAAUAUCUCUGUUGUCAGUGUGUGAUUUCUUCAUAUUAUAAAUCCCAAUUGUUACAAUUUACUCUCUAAUAUAUAUAAAUCAGCACACGGAGCGCCGAAAGUCUCAUCCGUCCCGAAAUCCAGGAGGAAGGAAAAGAGCACAGAGAAAGGCGAACUACACUUUGCAAAAUCGAUAGCCAUUUCGCUUGUGUGUGCCAAAAUAGGGAACAUUAAGGGAAGGCUGAGGAGGAAAAAAAAAAGUCUUCACGUUGAAAUCCGUGUGUGUUAGUGGCCGCAGAGUCGUUGAUUUGCACAAUUAAGAGAUCCGCAUAGUAGUGAAAUAAAAGUGGAGAGACUCGCGUCGAUAUUCCAUUGUACACACUCAAUACCUUUUUCUUCUAACUCCGCAUAUAAAUUACCAUGAGCAAUUAGACCAAAUAUAGUAUCGCAUUUCAUUCACUCGUGCACGUCACACACCAUAGGCUAAAGCCACAGUGCAAACAUUCGUCCAGAACAGUGACAUACACACCGGAAAUUCGCCUCCAUCCCAGGAGACAACAGUGUUAAUGCGAUUUCAUCUGAGGCCGUGCGUGAACGCACACCACAGCUUAUCAUAUUGAUAUCGACAGAGGAAUCGUAUUGGCUUGGCGCACAGAAGUACGCACCUGUGAUUAAUUGCCGGAGGAGCUCAAUUAGUCCCCCUCAGCUGCGCCACAGCAGAAUGAUGCCAAAGACAUUCUACACAAUAUCCGACGAGCAUCUUUCGAGCGCACUCAGUAAAUCUCUCAAUCCAUCGAAAUUGCAAUUGUUGAUGGACAAAAUUGGCAAUGAGGUGACGGAAGCAUCUCACAAUACAAUUUACGUCCCAUUGAAGAACGUUCAGGUGAAAUUGAAUCGAAACACAGUUAGUAUUAACAACGAGAAUUUGGACGUGGAAUUGCUGCAACUCUUGUAUCAGUCAUACUAUAACGGCAAAUUCAGCAAGCUGGCUCACAAACCGCCCAAGGAGCGUUUGCGCGUCACCUAUUUCGAUGACUUUAAUCUGUUCCGGCGCGAGGGCGACCCACCCGCCGGGCCCGCGCCCUCCCUGGCGCCCACCGACGCCCGUGUGACAACUGCAUCGUGCAGCGAGCUGUUCUUCAGCCGCGGCGAGCGCGUCUUCCCCACGGAGUCGGACUGGAGGACGUCGAAGCCCACCUAUGUGGCCAGUAGUGAUGAGCACAUCGGCCGCUCAACACCGGCAGGAGCCACCAAGCCGCCCGAGCCGUCCGCCGAUGGGAAGCGCACCAUGAGCCAGGCAUCGGCGUCAUCCACCCCCACGGCGGGGCGCCGCGUGGAGGAGAUCAGUACGCAAACGACAAUGACGGUGGCAACAGCAUUGGAAAAUGUGGAAACCAAUUGUGGUGACUUGGUGUCUGGAAACACUGUGAAAGUUCAUCUGGAACGUGCUAAGGAUACGUCAUUUGGGAUAUGCAUUGUUGGUGGUCAGGUGAAUCUGUCGGGCCACAGCAAAAUCGUUGGAGUGUUCAUCAAAAACAUCAUCCCCGAUAGUCCGGCUGACAAGUGUAGCCUGUUGAAGAUUGGCGAUCGGAUUCUGGCUGUGGAUGAAGUGAAUCUACGUGACGCCUCACAUCAAUUUGCCGUCAGUGUGAUCAAGAACGCUGGCCUAUCGAUUAAUCUACUCAUCGAACGCUUCAACAAAUGGCAAAAUGAUAUUUUCAACGUGUGCGACGGUGAUGACAGAGCUGUAGCAUUGGAAAAGCGUCAACCACCACCUGUAACACCGUCCAUAACACCUGAACUAAUUGUGGUGCAAGGGUCCAAUUCAGCUGAGGCGAAAGCUCCUGGCAAGAGUGAGGAAAAGUGUGUUGGAAAUGCAGAAACAAUAAUAAAGAAUUCAAAUGACACUGGGAAAAUUGCUGCUAAUGUCGACGAUGAAUCAUCUGGAAGUAGCGAUGAGGACAGUCGUGAUAUGUCUGGUAGAAUUCUAAGUAAAGCUGGCAUGGAGAAGAAAAUUGCAAUUGCCACACCAACGAUCGACAGAGCAUCAGCUGGUAAUGUUAAGUUGAACAAGAAUGAAAUGGCAAAGGAUGAUGAGGCUGAAGAUGAGUUUGGCUACACACCUUAUAAACUGAGGAAGCGCUACGGAGGUCUCGGGACGGUGAUUCAGCACCAAUUGGCGAAGACGGAGAAGGGAAGCAUGGGGAUAUCUCUGGCCGGGCACAGGGACCGCAAUAAGAUGGCGUGCUUCAUAGCGGGCAUCAAUCCAAAAGGCUUGGCAGCAAAGUCCGACCUGAAGGUUGGCGAUGAGAUUCUCGAGGUGAACGGCAUUGUCCUUCACGGCCGCAGUCACCUGAAUGCAUCGGCAAUCAUCAAAUCCCUGCCGGGGCCCAUUGUCAAAUUCAUCCUGCUGCGGAAGGAGAAGAACUUGGAGGACUUGGCCGUGCGACCGGUGACCCAGUUCCCGAUCAAUCUCGACACGGAGGCGGAGAGCAUUGUCGCCAACUUCAAGAACGCCCGAACGCUCACCAUGCAGAAGACCGGCCACAGUCUUGGCAUCAUGAUAAUCGAGGGGAAGCACUCGGAUGUGGGUCAGGGCAUCUUCGUGUCAGACAUCCAAGAGGGCUCGACGGCAGAGCACGCCGGACUCUGUAUCGGUGAUAUGAUACUGUCUGUGAAUAGUGACUCUCUACUCGGCUGCAAUUACGAGACGGCGGCGGGACUGCUCAAGAAGACCGAGGGGCUGGUCACGCUGAAGAUCUGCAAUCCCAACAAGCGCGAGGACAAGCCCGACGGCCCGGCCAGCGACGGCACGCGCAAGUCCCUCGAGAGGCCGCGCGACGAGGAGUCGCGGCAGCUCAGCCAGCCGGUCACGCCAAAGUCCCACAAGUCCGCCAAGGAGAUGGCGCCCGAGAUCCAGAAGGACAUCACCACGAACCGCGAGUCAAUUAUCGAGAUCAAUGCCGAGCGGCGGCCGCUGGGCCUCCACGUGGUGGGCGGAUGUGAUACCGUAGUGAAGAAUGGAGCUGUGAUUGUGCAAAUCUACCCGGGCGGCGCGAUCGCCAAGGACGGACGCCUCAGAGUCUUCGACCAGAUCCUCGAGAUCAACGGCAUCAAGCUCACGCCGGAGAAGAGCGCCGAGGCCAUGAAGAAAGUGCUGGUCGCGCAGUACGACAAGAUGACCGUCAGCGUGUGGCGCUCCGAUCCGAUAGACACGCAAUCCUUCGAAGUGGACCUGAUUAAGAAGAGUGGCAAGGAUCUGGGGAUCCAAUUCUCCGAUCACAACGGCCACGGGCUCGUGAUAUCUUCAAUCCUUCCAGGAGGAAUUGCAGAUGCCGAUGGUAGGAUACUAAAGGGCGACACCGUCUGUGCGGUGAAUGGGGAAUUCCUGGCCAGUCAACCGUACGACGUUUGUGCAAUUCUUCUGAAAGUAUGUCAAGGAAAGACCAAUUUAAAAGUUCUACGACCAGCACCAAAGAAACGCUAGACAUGUUAUCGCUUCUUGCGAGCUAGCAAAGCAUGUGUGGAGGCAAAAAGAAGUGGAGAAACUUAUAUGAAUCACAUUAUAUUGAGAGAUUAUGUGGAAGUGAAUCUAUUCUAGAUGUAUGAUUAUGCCAAAUUUUUCAGAAAAA